AACAAGCGAACGCAACCCCUUUUGUGCAAUGGUCGAAGUCACAAUGAAGACCUUGUGAAUUUGUCUCUACUAAAAUUAAAAUAACAUUAAACGAUAUUCGGAAGUUGGAAAUUGAUUACUUAAAAUAUCAAUGAUUUCCAAAGCUGCAGUAGGCAUCGCUGCCGGAAUUGCCGGCAGUAUAUUUAUAGGGUAUUGCUUUUACUUCGACCAAAAACGGCGAGGCGAUCCAGACUUCAAAAAGAAAUUACGCGAACGGAGAAGAGCAAGGAAACAGGCUCAAAAGGCUGGAACAAAAAUACCUGAUCUUAAAGAUCACGAAGCGAUGCAGAGGUUCUUCUUCCAAGAGGUUCAGUUGGGCGAAGAGAUGCUGGCGGGUGGCGACCUCGACGGAGGUGUUGAGCAUUUGGCAAAUGCAGUCACAGUUUGCGGACAGCCUAAUCAGCUCCUGCAAGUUCUACAGCAAACACUUCCGCCACAAGUUUUCCACCUCCUACUACAAAGACUUCCGUCAGUUGGCCAGAAAAUCGGAUCUCAGACAGCGAUGGCAGAAGAAGAUGUUGAAUAGCAAAGCAGCAAAUAACACGUUGGUUAUUCCUAAAUAAAAAAAAAGAAUGUUAGUAGAUUAUACGAUCGUUUUAGCCAAAAUAAUUGACUGUUAAUUUCUUACUCUAUCACAAAAUCCUAAGUCAUACUAUUUAAUGUAGUUACGUAACAUCUAAACAAAUAUUUCGUUAGCUUCAUGUUGUGUACUGAGAUGCAAUUCGUUGAAGUAAAAACGACACUUCUGACGUUCAACGGUCUAAGAAAUAGAUUUGUAAAAAUGCAAUGCACGCGCGCCAGUGAAUAACAAUUUAUUCUAUAAUAACGUGGUGAAUAAACAACAAUUUUACGUACGAAAAUCCGUCAACAGCCUUAUUGCUGCUUGAAGAGAAAUAAAAACUCGAAACGCUUUUUCUGCUUCAUAUAAUGCUACAAGUAAUUAGCAAUACAGUAAUAUAUAUGCUAAAGGUAUCAACAGGAUAUUUAACAGAGUAAAAGUAGCUCAUACCAAUCUUUCCAUGCAUACAAAUUUUUAAUUUCACUCCCACUACUAUUUGCGUUCAACGCAAACGAUUAUUUCAACGGGAAUACUAUAAUAACUUAUAGGAUGAACCUCAUUUACGACAUAAAAAAUCGUAUCUUGAUCGAAAAAUAUAGAAACCUUUUCCUGCACUCCUGGAAAACCAAAGGAACACUGACACAAUACUGUUGUCUUGUCACAACAAAUCACUGGUGUUUCAAGCAGAUCACCUUCAAUAGUUUGAAGAGGGUACGAAACUUCAAGUCAUAAUGACAAAAUGUUGACUGUUUUUUAAAUUUUAUCACACUAUUAAUAAUUGACAAACCCAAGGUUUAUUUUGCCCAAUAAAGUAAUCGGUUUAUGAAAAGAAGGAUUCCAUCAAUGGUUAGUUGAAUUAAAUCGCUACGUUGUACAUGUAGAGGACGAUGAAUUUUCCACUGGAUAUUCAGUAAUGAUUUAACAUGUAAAUUGAAUCUCUUAUUCGCAUUAUCAAUGUCAAAUUUUUACAUGUCAAUCGUAUUCGGACUGUUUUUUCCUCUGCAAUACCGAUAAGGAGAUAGAAUUUGAAAAACAAUGUGUGUAUGAUAGAUAACGUUGUCCUCUGGAAAGACAAUACAGUACAAUUUUACCUGUUCGGUGUGCCUCUAUUGAUACGAAUAAUUUGAAGAUUUUUACACAAUUAAAAACUGUCAGUCUUGUACACAUCAUAUAAUAAUUGAUUGAGUGUUUUUUGGCUUCCGACAUGCCUAAGGUAAGUUUGAAACAUACGUACAUACAUAACACAUACCUACAUGUAUACACAUUGCCUUUUCAUUCCUGAAAAAUUUGCGUUCAUCUUGAACAAAAUACGAUAUAAAUAUUCAAAAACUCCAUUCCGAAAUACAAGUUUCACUUACGUGUUAGUUUUUUCCCUUUUGUAUUUGAAAUAUCGAUCAUUUUUCUUCAAGGAAAUUAAUUAUAUUACCAAUUAACACCAAAUAAGCCAAUUUGAAUUAUAUUAACUCAUUUAAAAUCUGUUUUUAUUAUCAAUUAUUCUUCGUAUUCAUAUUACAUCUAAUGUACAAUAAAUUUUCUUUGUGACUACACUCUUUUCUCUCUCCUCUGAAUCUCUCAAUCCAUAAUGUAAACUGUACUUAAUAUACCAACUAUAAAAUGGUAAAUGAAUUAAAUACAUAUGUUUAUAUACGUGUUCUGUAUAUCAAGUUCUUAUUAAAAAUAAUAACAGUAAUUUCUUAGUUGUAUAUACAAUAUAUAUAAAUAUAUAUAUUACUUCGGUAUGUACAAACAAGAGCGCUUUGGUACUAAUGUUAAAUUAAAAAAAAAAUUUCUAGAUCCAGCGCGAAAGAAAAUACAAUAUAUAAUAAUUAUUUUUAAAUCAUAACAUGAGUUACUCAAAAUGAUCAGCUCACGCGUUUUCUCAUUAUCAAUACAAUUUUUUAACAAUCUCUAAAUUACCCAACAACAUUAUGAUCAGACAAAUUCUCCGAUACUCGAGUUUUUUUCCCCCAAGUCUCUAGAUCUCAGUUACUAGAAAUAUGAAAUGAGUGAAAGAGAGGAGCUGAGUCACAUAUGUAUAGGCAUUUUCAGAUUGCGCAACUGAAUCACUCAGUAUUGUAAUCUAUUGCGUAAAAGUCAUGAUCUCUUAUUUCACAAAAUAGUUUAGGCCAGUAUAGUCACGGUUCACUUUAUCAUAACCGUUCACAUGAACUGAUUAGAUAAUACAUAUUUAAUAAUUACAGCACUGAUCAUUACUUGUAUUACUGUUAUCCUUGAUAAUGCCUUACGUGGAUUUUCAACCAUGAAUAAGACAAAUUU